UGCGAUUAGUCCGUGCUAGAUCGACACGAAGACCGUUUAUAGUUAUCUUCUUCGCCAUGAUUGGAUACCUAAAAGAAGUCCUUAGCCGCACUCCGCCGGAUCCUGUGCGGCUUCCUUUGACCAACAGCCAUGGGUCCGUUUUGGCCAUUCUCGUUAGCUAUUUGCUGCUGGUGAAAGUCGUGGGUCCAAGGAUCAUGGAAAAUCGAAAGCCCUUCGAUUUGAGCGGAGUGAUUAAAGUCUACAACAUUGUACAAAUCAUAUACAACGUCGUCUUGUUCGCAUGUGAAGCUUUCUUUAUACUCGGACCUGGCAUCUAUAGCUUCAAGUGCCUCGAAAACCUGCCUUUGGAUCACGAGUGGAAGAACUUUGAGCGGUGGGCCAGCUAUGCGUACUACUUCAACAAGUACAUGGAUCUCCUGGAGACGUUCUUCUUUGUCCUGCGCAAGAAGAACCAGCAGAUCUCCUUCUUGCACGUCUUCCACCACACGUACAUGGUGUUGUUUGUCUUCGCUAUUUUGCGGUACCACGGUUAUGGAGGAUUUGGCUUCUGCAUGUCGAUCUUCAACGUUGGCGUUCACAUAAUGAUGUACACAUACUACUACCAGUCCUCCCUUAAUCAAAAUUCAAAGAAGAAAGAUCUCUGGUGGAAGCACUACAUCACAAUUGCUCAGCUCGUUCAGUUUGGAGUUAUUUUGGUGUACAGUAUUUAUUCGCUAAGUCAACCAGAGUGUUCGUCCACCCGAAUGUGGGCUACUUACACAGGAGGCUCCUCCAUUAUAUUUAUUAUUUUAUUCACCAACUUUUACUAUCACGCCUAUAUUCGGACCAAAAAAAAGGCGCUUUAAAUAAAACUUAGCAGUGCAUUCUACUUUUGAAGUUAUAGAGAUCUUCAUAGAAAUAAAAACAAUAACUUAUUAUUUCACCUGGCAAAAA